UUGCCUGCCGUGUGGUUCGAAUCGUUUCCAAACUAUCCGUGAAGUUAAACAUUGAAGUAUUCAACCAAAAAGUUUAAAUAGUGACCUUGUGAUUAACGAAAUGAAGAAAUAUGCGUUUUAAGCCAGUAAAUUAUAUAUUUUUUCUGGUGCUGUGCUUGCAAGUCUUUUCCUCGAAAGGAUCUCGUGAUAAUCUGGAGCACCGUGCUCAGCUCGUAAGACAAUCAAACGAUAAUCUGCUUCUCGCGGCAGGCAGGGAUCAAAAUGUUACCCUGAGAUUAAUGGGCGAAUCGGCCACCGUAACAAUCAAUGAUUUGGACAUGAUGACUGUGCUCCGACGGCGGAAAAAGAUUAUUGCCGAUCGCCAGGCGGCGGCUCAAAGGGAACCCCUCUCGAUGGAGGUCGUCAAGGAUCAAUUCAGGGAUGUGGAGCGCAUGAUGACGCGGAUUCAGAGACGGGUCUUAAAUGGGAGGAACUCAACGAGACGGAAUGGACUUGAUGUACGCAUCCUGCGACGACAAUUGCAACGUGUAGAACGCGUUACAGGAAUUCUGCUGACCCUAUCCGCGAAUCUGGCUAAAAAUGAGUGUAAAUCGAGUCCAUGCCAGAACGGCGGAUACUGCCACGAUGCGUACAAGGGAUUCCAGUGUGAAUGCACUGCGGGUUGGCAAGGCGAAACUUGUGAGGAAGAUGUAAACGAAUGUCUUACCUUAGCCGGCACAGAUCUGGAUGGCUGUGUGAACAAUGGGCAAUGCAUAAACACACCCGGGAGCUACAGGUGCGUUUGCCGGAAUGGGUUUUCCGGAACCCACUGUCGCCUCAAGCACAAUUCCUGCUGGGGCAGUGGAUCCCACGAACUAUGCGGUGAUCACGGCACCUGCAUUCAGGCUUCCAAUUCCGCUGGCUAUGUGUGCAUUUGUGAUCAAGGAUGGACAUGGGCAGAUACAAAUGUGACUAGCGCCAGUCCAAGUGCCUGCACCCGGGAUGUAGACGAGUGUGAGCCACGCGUGAAUCCUUGCCACGAUAAGUGCAUCAAUUUACCUGGAAGCUUUCGCUGCGGACCUUGUCCACCGGGGUACACGGGUGACGGACGCUUUUGCCGAGAUAUAGACGAGUGCGCCCAAGAUGAUAAUGGUGGAUGUAGCCAGCAGCCACGCGUGACCUGCACCAACACGGAGGGUUCACAUCGAUGUGGCCGCUGUCCCCCAGGUUGGCUAGGCGACGGACGGACAUGUACAGCAUCUAAUUCUAACUCUUGCGACAACGAGCGGAUUUGUCAUCCUCUAGCCAAGUGCGAGUACAUAUCCGAUGCGGUGGUUUGCACCUGUCCUCUGGGCAGUUUUGGACAUGGUUACGGUGCCGACGGAUGUACCACAGACUCUAACCGGUUGCCUUGUGACCAGCAUCCGUGCAAGAACAAUGGCACUUGCAUUCAGAAUGGACGGGGUACUACUUGCAUUUGUCAACCUGGUUAUAUGGGCGCCGUGUGCAACUCGUCAGAUGCAUGCCACCCAAGUCCCUGCCUAAAUGGUGGAACCUGUCGACUGUUGCCGAAUAAUGCGUAUCAAUGCGUUUGCCCAGCCAGCUACACAGGCACCACAUGUUCCCAUCAUCGUUUCUUUUGUGGAAGCACAAUCCUUGGAGAUUCUGGCCAACUGCAUUACCCGCCCAACACAGCCGAAGGUGACUACCAAGCGAACGAACGUUGCCCUUUUAUUAUACGCACCAGAUCUCCAAAUAUGGUGCUAAACUUAACCUUCACUCAGUUUGAGCUUCAGGACAGUACCGACUGCACCGCUGACUUUUUACAGCUGCACGAUGGCAACGCAUUAAAGACACGUAUGAUUGGCCGCUUCUGUGGUUCUCGUUUGCCUCUCACAAAUGGUAGUAUCAUUACCACGCAGGAGCAGGCCUUUUUCUGGUUCCGAUCCGACAACGAGACACAGGGAAAGGGAUUCCAUGUAAUCUGGAACUCUCUUCCAUUCUCAUGCGGGGAAACUAUUAACCUGACAUUGGCACAAACUGGCGUACUGCGAUCUCCCGGCUAUCCAGGUCAGGCUCGACCCGGACUCGACUGUCGCUGGCAACUGACGGCCUCUUUUGGCACUAGACUAGUCCUUCGGUUCUACGAUAUAUCUCUGGGAAGUAGUCAACCAACCGGUCGCAAUUGUAGCGACAAGGAUAAUACCCUUAUUGUUUCCGACUCAAAUCGCCAGCUGCUGCGAACCUGUGAAACCAUCCAGCCUCUGCCGUUGUAUAGCUUUUCCAAUAGCCUGCGCCUGGACUUCCAUACAAACGAAUUUCGUUCGGAUAGCUCCUUUCAGGUGCACUACGAGGUGAUACCGGGAAAGCCGGGAUGCGGAGGAAUUUUCACGGAGCCCCACGGACACAUUAUAGUUGACAUGGACAGCGAUGUCUGUUCUUAUCUAAUUGAACAGCCCCGGGGGACUCAAGUGAAGCUGGUGUUCGAUAGUGUACAUCUUGUGAAGUCCUGUUACUUUCAGAAGAUCGAGGUUUUUGACGGAAGAACACCAGAUUCGCCGCUAAUGCAAACAAUCUGCCGUGAAGCAGAAGAACGCGAACUGGAGCCGCUGAUAUCCACGGGAAAUACGAUUCUAGUGCGCUAUAAAUACAGGUUGAGUGGUGUGACGCUAAGAAGAAGUUUUGAAUUAACUUAUUCGAGAGAGUGUACUGGUAGCUUUGUAAAUUCCCAGGGAAUCAUUAGUACCCCUAACUAUCCGGGCUUAUAUCCCGGUGACAUGACCUGCACAUACAACUUGACUGGGCCGGUUAAUACGGCGGCUCAAAUUAAAGUCACAGACUUAUCUCUGGGCACAGCCAAUAAUGAAAAUGAAACAUCUUAUUUGGAUGUAUAUUUAUCACGCGAAGAAAAGCGGCAUAUUGUAAAGUCAACAGAAAAUCUGGUCCUAUUGUCACAUGCCAAUAAGGCAAGCGUGGUCUUCCGAGGGUCAGGUAGUGGCCGAGGAAUGCGAUUGGAAUAUAAUUUUUUGCCAAUCCGUUGCGGCGGAUUUCUUAAUGAGCCCGGCAGAAGUCACGUUAGACGCACCAAAUUCUGUCAGUGGUUUAUUGACAUGCCAGGACGAAAACGAAUUUCUGUUCAUAAAUUACUUUCCAACGGAAAUAUAUUCAUAUAUGACAAUAGUACAAGCCCAGGAACAUUGUUAAAUAGCUAUUCAGCGAGCAUGAGCGACGUUUUCGAUGGUGAUCUUUUGACAAUAAACUUUGUUACAGAUCAGGGUUAUGGAUUUUAUAUCAUUAAAUUUGAAAUUAUUGAUCCAGAUAGUUGUGGAGGAACAUACACAGGACGUUUUGGCUACAUAAAGUCUCCAAAUUGGCCAAAAAAGUAUGGAGCAUCCCAAAAAUGUGAGUGGAUCAUAAAAGCUCCAUUUGGCCAUCGCCUGGAAUUAGUGGUGCAUAACUUUACGAUGGAAGACACUGAAUACGACGGUACUUGUCAAUCAGACUGGCUAGAAAUUAGAAAUGGCGAUUCUGAAACAUCGCCGCUAAUUGGACGAUAUUGCGGGAAAAACAUUCCGAGCAGGCUGCCCUCAUUUGGCAAUGCCCUAUACCUUAAAUACAAUUCAGAUUACUCUCUUGAGUUAGAUGGAUUCCUUCUAAACUGGCAGCAAAUCGGAGAAGGAUGUGGUGGCAAGCUGACCUCGUCCACGGGUAGCAUUCAUUCACCGCAUAUAAUAGAGGGUAGUAGUGGUGUUCUCGCCUGCGACUGGCAGAUUGUCGUCGCCGAGGGAUCCAGAGUGAGUCUAGGGCUUGAAAGCAGCGACGAGCGUCUCUGUAGUGGCCAACUAACCAUAUACGAUGGCCCUUCCACCGCCAGCAUUCCAAUGGUUAUUCGCUGUAACAGAACGAUUAGUGAACCGAUGCUGUCCACCGGUAAUCGAGUCCUUAUCCGUUACGAUGUGGGUAAAGAAGCCCCCGACGGCACUGACUUUAUACUGAACUAUCAAACAGUUUGUCGAGUUCGGCUGGAAGGUCUGCAGGGUGCCAUCGAAUCACCCAAUUUUCCUGACAACUACCCGCCAAAUUUGAAUUGCGAAUGGGAUAUUCGAGCUGGUGGACGGACAAAUCACUUACAGCUCGUCUUCUCACAUCUGACUUUGGAGAGCACAGAAGGAUGUAAUAUAGACUACAUAAACGUUGUGGACAUGAUGGACGACCAAAAGCUCAGCGAGCAGCAUCUUUGCACCAACGAGGCUUUGACCCCAAUCACCUCGGCUGGUAAUCGUUUCCUCCUUAGAUUCACAAGCGAUUAUUCGAUUGAGGAGCAAGGAUUCCGUGCCGAGUACAAACGUUUAGGAUGUGGAGAACAUUUCCACGAAAUGGGCAGAAACUUUGAAUCGCCAAAAGCUCCCUUCAGCGUGGACAUGGACUGCGUUUGGGUCAUAUCAGCGGCCGAGGGCAGCCAAAUCCGUCUUCUGCUUCAUGAGGUCUACUUCGAGACAUCCCAGAUUGAGUGCAGCGACUCGGAAUCUAGGCUCCUCGUAAUCGCACCAAGUGGAUUUAAUUCCUCUGUAGUACUGUACCAGAGUUGCCACGAGGAGACGCAAACGCAAACCUUUACCUCGCCAGGUAAUGAGCUGGUUGUGCGCUUUAUCAGCACUUCUGCACAGGCUAAGAAGUACUUCAAGGCCAGUUACGUCCAGGUGCCAGCCAGUUGUGGGGGAUACUUAAGCGCCAGCAGCGGAGUCAUAGCUUCUCCCGACUUCCAUAAUCUAGUAGAUAGUAGCAAUGUCCCGAAUAACACACUUAAUAUAGAGUGUGUAUGGACUGUGGAGGUAACAAAUGGCUAUGGUAUCAGGACGCGUUUUGAUCAGUUCAACCUCACGGACUCAGCGAACUGCUCGCUUAGUUUUGUUGAACUAACAAAGCUGGAGGCGGACGGGAGUGAACGAUUCCUGGAGAGGGCCUGUGGCGAAGAUUCACCAAUGAUUCGCUUAGUUCAUGGAAAGAAACUGCGUGUUCGGUUUAAGUCCCAGGCCGGAACUUGGGGUCGGUUCGCCAUGUAUUUUGCGCGUCAGUGUGGUGGUCCACUUUAUUCCGGAGAGGGUUAUAUACAAUCCCGCCUAGACGAGGACUGCAACUGGCUGAUAUCUUCGCCCGAGGGCAGCAAACUGAGUCUUCAUAUAAACCAACUAGAAUGUCCAAAAUGUACCCAACCUUCUGGCAAUUGCACAGAGAGUCUUAAACUGCUCAACGACAACGAUCAGGUUGUGCUCUACCAGUUAUGCCGGGAUCAUCCUGUCAAUUUGAUUGUGCCCGCCAACAAUGUGCGCAUCCUCACCGCAGGUAUUAGGCUGCAGGCCCAUUUCAGUACUUUUGAGAACUCGUGUGGUGGUAAUAUCACAUCCGCCCGUGGCAGCCUCAGUUCGCCAAACUACCCGGACAGUUAUCCAUCCAACAUAGAGUGCGUCUGGUCCAUCAAGACAAAGCCUGGAAAUGUUUUGGAAAUUAAUUUUGAAGCCAUGGACAUAGUCCACUCCGAGCACUGCAACGAGGACUUCCUAGAACUACGCUCUGGCGCCCAGGGUCAUCUUUUGGGUUUGUUCUGCGACAAGAAAUUACCAGAGAGUUUUUUGGUGGAGCAAUCUGAGCUUUGGAUAAAAUUCCGUAGCAGACCGGGCAACACUGCCGGUGGUUUCCGAUUACGUUGGAAUUAUUUGCACAAUGUUGAAAUUACAAUGCGUACCAAUGGGACGAUUGAGCCUGCUCCACCGCUUUUUGUUAGGGGCGAGGAUGAGCCCUUCAGCUGGCGCAUUUUCGCAGAGCGCGGAAACGUUUUGGUAUUGCAGUUUGAGGAAUAUAUUUCAGGUCUUUCACUUUAUAAUGGCUAUGAUGAUAACGCUUUGGCAGUAAAUAUAGAUGCCAGUCCCUCGACGUUCACCUCGAGCAGUAAUGUUGUCUACUUAAAAACGAUUAAUACAGAACUAAGUUAUUUUCGACUAAAGUGGCACGUGCUCGAUAGCGAUCUAGUAGAGGGUAACGUUACCCUGUCAUCCAAGGAGUGUAUACAGGAAUUAACGUUAAGCGACAUUGCCAUAAUUGAAAUAAGUUCGCCGGGAUAUCCGCAAGGCUACGUUCCCUAUUUAGAUUGCGAAUGGACCAUUAAGCCAGAGGAUCCUUCACAACAUAUCACUGCAUACUAUUUUCAAGCGGAUUUGGAGAACUUCAACGAUUGUGCAGCCGACUAUCUUAAAAUUCAGAGUUCACAUGACCUUCAACACUGGAAUGACGAGGUUCGCACUUGCCAGAAAUCAAAGACUCCGAAUCGACCAAUUCACGGAACGCCAAAUCUGAGAUUGCAGUUCCAUAGUGAUGUAUCCAUUAAUGGUACUGGAUUUUUGGCAAGACUUCGCUCAUCGUGUGGCUCAAACAUGACGGGAACAGUCGGCACGAUUCCCCAGAUGAAAGAGGGUGGAGAAUGCGCCUGGCACAUCGAUGUUCGCCCAGGUCGAUUAAUCGACAUUACCAUAAAUUAUGAUGGUCCUCCUUCUUCCACCUGUCGCCAGUACGGUUUUAUUUACGAUGGAUUAGAUGAACAUUCGCCAUUGCUACAACAUAGUAAGUUCGGCAACCAAAGGGAUAUAAGGAAGAUAGCAUUCCGGACGAGCAGCUCGCAUGCCUACAUAAAAUACUAUCUCGGCAGUAAAAGUACUAACGACGGAUGCCUUUGGACUCUGACUUACCGAGAGUUUAAUGAAUGUAAUGGAGAAAUUCAAUUGACCCAGAAUGCUCCAAAGUUUGUGGUAACGUCGCCGGGAUAUCCGUAUCUACCGCAUCCGCAUUCAGAGUGUACGUGGUUGGUCCUCGCACCGAUGGGUGAGUCCAUAGCAGUCAAUUUCGAUGAAUUCGAGUUGAGUUCUCGGAUGUGCGACAAAGAGAACGUGGAGUUCUUUGAUGGCUCCACUAACCUGGCCCGUCUCUUAUUACGCACAUGCCGCAAGCCCCACGCCACGCUUCGCACUUCCGGCAGCUCGCUCCUUGUACACUAUCAGUCGCAGCUCAAUGAACCCAAUGGAGGUUUCCGAUUAAACCUAUCACUGAGCACAUGUGGAGGUCAGUUCAGCGGUUCGUCUGGGUCCUUCAAUUCGGAGAAUUAUCCACAUCUGGGCGGAUAUCCCAAGCCGUCUGUGUGCGAGUACAGCAUUCGUUUGCCUAAGGAAACUUUCAUAAAAUUAAACAUCACGGAUCUUCACCUGCCGUACAAUCCAAAUGGGAAUUCUUCAAAGAGCACUAGCGAUCGCCUGGAAAUCGUAGACUUCGCUGACCCAACCCAAGAGCUAUUGGUUUUAGAUGGCAGUACAGUAACACCCACUAUCGUCACCCUUAAUACCAAUGCGGCUACCAUACGCUUCGUAGCAAUUCAUAAUGUAAAUAAAUAUCGGGGCUUCAAAUUAACAUAUCAGCGGGUUCUCGGAUCUUGUUCGAGGGAUGUAAAUGGUGUUGAAGGGGACAUUGUGAUUCCACCAAUGCCAGAGACAACCUGGAUGAGAUUUUGUCGGAUAACUAUAAACGUACCAAAGGGACAGCGGGUGCGAUUGAAUCUUCUUAAUCUUGCUGAUAUGCGUGUUGUCAAUCGGAACACCACAAGCCAAUCUGUAAGACUACGAACGCAUUUAAGAAAUAUUGCACACUUCGCCUUUUACAAUGACGCCAACUCACUCUCCAAGAUCACCGAAUUCCGGAUCGAUGGGUACAAUGGUAGUGGAAUCAUUACCUCCACAGACAAUUAUAUGCUCGUCGUUGUGUCGGCUAAUCAGUUGGAUUUAAGUACCACCGCACUGAGAGCUCGAUACAGCUCCAAUGAAGCAACGGUCUGCCCACCUAAUAUUGGCGAUCAAGCAUCGGGAUCACUAUCCAUACAAACUCUCCUCCAGCUGCCCAACUACCAUUGUACAAUCCAAUUUGUGGGUACUGCAAGUACAACGCUUACCUUUAAGAUCGAAGAGUAUCUAUUCCAAACAAUUGGGGGUCCAGCAAUUGUUUUUAGAGAUGAUGUCCUCAGAAGUUCGAUUAAGGCUAUGUACGCCAAUGUCACAAAUAGUUUUGUAUCUAUGGCAACCACAGCUGGACGAAUAACGCUUCUGAAUAGCAAAAACGUUAAAUUGCAACGAUUCCGGGCAACAUAUCGGCGACACAAUUGCGGUGGCCGGUUGGAGGCCGCUGAGGGAAUUACCAUUGAGUCCCCUGAACUUCUGAAUAUCCUCAAUGAGGAUUACGGUGAACUUGAGUGUCUUUGGACCUUGAGCAAUAGUAAUGGGUAUAUGUUGGAGGGUAAUGUAACUCUAACCGACCGUUGCGAUCGGGAGUACAUUGUGAUCUUCAGUGGACAAGUGGAAGUUGGUCGUAUUUGUCGGGGUAUGACUAUGAAUAGCACUUUGCUGGAGCGGACGUUCUCAAAGAUACUCUACCAUUCGGAAACACGAUUCCUUGAGCGCAGCAAGUUCACCCUGCAAGCACGUAGACCCGUCUCUAAUGGCAAUGUAAUACGCGUUGACAAUCGACCAUCGCCACCAGUGACAGUUGAGAGCAAAGAUUACCUGCAAAGCAAAGGGCGCAUAUGGGAAUUUGCCACCAAUGAUGGACUAUCCCUGAAAAUACAUUUCCUGAAACGAAUCUUCAUUGUGACCUCACCCAAUUGCACGGACGAUCGAUUGACUGUUGAGCGUUACGAUCGGACGACGGGAGAUUUUAUAGAAGUGACCAGUCUAUGUGGCAGACAAGCUGCCAACGAUAUUCUAGUGCCAUCCCACCGAAUGCGUGUGAUAUUCCGAACUAAUUCGAAUAUUACGGGGGAUGGUUUCAGUUUCCAAGUAUCACCUAGUUGUGAUGCAGUACUCCAGGCAGAAACAGAAAUCCAAACCCUUAGCAGCCCCGAUUGGGCGGCUAUCCGUGGACAGCAGUUUAACUGCAGCUACACAAUUUUCACGAAUGGCGAGCACCAACUGGUGGUCAGUGUAAAGCCCAAACCAGGACGAACAUGGGCAAAGUUUGUAUGCAGCAGAUCUUACUUCCAGGCCUAUCGCCGAGGCGAUGGAGAUGUGGAGGAGAGAAUCGGCCAAUUCUGUCCGGAAUUCGAGGUUAAUGGUUACGGAAGAGUUCGCCUGCAAUAUACUUCCCCACUGUCACGUUGGUUUGAGCUACAAUAUCAUCUAAUUGGAUGUGGUGGGAACCACAGUAAGCCCUUUACUUUGCGUCCGCCGCAGGGUGAAGAAUCCGGUGUUUACGCCCAUGAUCAGAAAUGUGAAUGGAGGGUUACCGCACCGCCACAGCAUGCCAUUGUUAUAGAGUUUAAAUACUUUGAUAUGGAGAAUAAUGCAAACUGUGCAUUCGACAGCGUAAGGAUUUAUCGUGGUAAAAUUGCCAUCAAGGAGCAGAGGACAGAUCUGCUUUGCGGCAACCUGACAAGUCCACCUACUAUCAUGGUGAACAGUAACGAGGCACUGAUUACCCUAUCUACAGACAGCUCCAAUAGUUACCGAGGUUUUCUGGCCAGUGUACGCUUUACACCUAAUUGCAACGAGCAGGUCUCGCUUGACUUGGAAACGCCACGCACGAACUUCAUGCGCCAAUACACGAUCAAUGCCACUGAAGCGCUGAUGUGCUACUUCCAGGCCAGAGUUCCUUCGGAUUACCGAAUAUCCUUAGAGGUGCGUGAGCUAAAACUUAACGACGCAGCCUGUAGCACCUGCAGCUACUUAGAGAUCCAUGACAGCGAGGGUGCGGAAGAACAGAGUCUCGGUAGGUACUAUGGAACCACUAUGGACUCGAACAGGGCCAAGGUGUUCAGUUCCUAUUCGGACAUGGCUUUCCAGCUGAGUGCCAAGACCAGAUCAUCCAAUAAAAACAUCAGUUUCGAGCUGAUCCUGCAAAUGGAGCGAACUGUAUGCGGUCAAACGGAGUACGACAUGCAAUUGAAUGAGACCAUUACAUUGGGUCUGCAGUACGACAACAGGACAAAGAGCUUCGAGGGAAGUUUUCACUGUGUUUGGACAAUUAAAGGAAAAGGAGAUGUGGAAAUAGAUUUCCAGAAGCUUCGGCUUAAGGAAGUAUCUCAGCGGACUGGGAAAUGCGAAGACUACUUGAAACUGUCCAAGCCUUACUUCACCAGAUAUUAUUGCGGUCAGUACGAUAAAAGCUUCAAGAUGAUUGAAGCUAUCGAUGAAUCCAACCUGCAACUGACCUUCCAUAGUGCUUUAUUGGAGGAAUCCCAAGGGUUUGAGGUUAUCAUACGACGAAAAUCAAACUGCAAUCGAAACUACACGGAAUUGAGUCAAGUGGUUGAUACCAAUUCUCUGACAAACUGCACAGAAUAUAUAAAAGUUCCAAAAGGUUACAGUAUUACACUGUACAUAUUUUCUAUACUGUUUGACUCUCCAGGUCAUAAAUAUUUUAAUGUGACGGAUCUAAGUUCAAACAAAACUAUUUUUACCACCUCGGAGACUCAAUGGGAAAACAUAGCACGGAUUACGACAACCAACGAAUUGCGCCUAGAUAGCCUUGGAGUUUCUGCUCUUAAGUUCUUCUACUUUUCCACUAGCAACCAGUUCCCCAGCGGAUGUGGUGGUCAACUAGCUGUCGGUGGCUCAACAGCUAGUUACCUGGAAAAUCCCCCCUAUGAAGGUCGAAACAGUUCACUAUGCACUUGGAAUAUAUCUGUACCCCCAGGCGGUACUCUGCGAUUUAGUUUCCCGGAAUUCGACAUGGGCUCAGAAACCAAUUGUGAUCUGGAUAAUGUAAAAAUUUACGCUAACUAUUUAAACGGUCGCAGACUUCUGAAAACCAUCUGUGGAUCGAGAAUUCCAGAGGAUUAUAAAACAGCCAAAAAUAACAUUAUUAUAGUUGCAAAAAAAUCACAAAAUUUUAAUGGACUUGGGUUUAAGAUUGAUAUAAGUAAUUUAAGUUAAAAGCUUCUGGACUUCUUUUAUACUGAAGCGCAAUAUUGAUUCUAAAGUUAUUACUCAAUAAAACGAAUUUUUAAAUACUACUGUA